ACUCCUCCACCCACCACUCCUACAACAGCACCAACAGCACCAGUAUCCCCGUUCCUGCUCCCGCUCCGUCCUCCGCCCCAACCUCCAUGUCUAUCCCUACUCCGAUCCCAGCUCCAAUCUCCUCUUCAGCACCAGUUCCGCCUCCACCUCCUCCGAUCCCGCCCAGGGAUCAGCCAAGAGCCCACAGCCGGCUGACGCGAGCUCCGUCCACCAGCACCGGCACCAACACCAACUUUGUGGAGAAAGAAAAGGAGAGGCUGGAGCGCCUGCAUCGAGCCAACGCUUCCAACAACCACCAUGCCCACACGCUCCACCACCACAAAUCUGUGGAGGGCGACCCACAGUGUCCGGAGGCGCUCACCUUUUCAGACUCGUCCUUCGGCCAUCAGCCUCCCUUCCAUCGCUAUAGCAACAGCCCCCUCACCAGCCCCUGUGAUCCCUACGGCUCCACUUCCAGCAGCGGGCCCCUGGGAGCCUCCCACACCCACACACAGGGUAGCUCUCCCAUCUCCCCUCCCAGCCCGGCGAGCCUCGCCUGGGCUCAGCACAGCCGCCACCAGCCGGCCAGCCUGGCGCUCCGCAAGCAAGAGGAGGAGGAGAGCAAACGCUGCAAGGCUCUCUCUGACAGCUAUGAGCUCUCUACGGACCUCCAGGACAAGAAGGUGGAGAUGCUGGAGAGGAAGUACGGGGGCCAGUUUGUGUCCCGGCGGGCGGCGAGGACGAUUCAGACAGCAUUCAGGCGGUAUCGCAUGAACAAGAACUUUGAGCGGCUUCGAAGCUCCGCCUCCGAGAGCAGGAUGACCCGCCGUAUCAUCCUGUCCAACAUGAGAAUGCAGUACUCGUUUGAUGAGCGCCAGCCCCAGGGUCCCGGCUCCACAGCUCAGCGGGGGUCCGACGACACAGGGGACAUGGACGACUCCUUCUCCAAACAGGUGAAGUCUCUGGCCGACUCCAUGGACGACUCACUCACCUGCCAGUCGGGCCGUGAAGACUCCCAGGAGGCGGGAGGAGAGGGAGGAGUGGGAGGAAGAGGAGGUGUGGGAGGAGGGGCUGCCAUGCACGAAGAUAGCACUGCCACCUCCUUCAGCGAUGUCACUCUCUAUAUGGACGAAGGCUGCCUGCCCUCCUCGCCACUGUCCCGCCCCACCUCCAGCGACACGGAGUACUGGGGGGAGAGAGGAGGGGGAGGUGCCGGGGGGAGGGAGGACAGCAGAGAGACGGAGGGAGGCAGCAGUAACAGCCGCAGGAGCAGCACGCCAUGUACUGAGUGUCGAGGCGAGUACAGAGGGAGAGCAGGAGGAGGGGGAGGAGGAGGGGGAGGGCACCUCCCCGUCCUGACCAUUGAACCGCCCAGUGACAGCUCGGUGGACAUGAGUGACAGGUCGGAGCGAGGCUCAAUUGGACGCCUGGUGUAUGAACAGGAGCCUUCAGGAGUGGACAGAGGAGGAGGAGAGAGAGAGAGAAGAGGAGGGGAGGGAGAGAGUGGGGAGGAUGAGCGUGGAGGAGGUGGAGGAGUGAGCAGUGAGGCUGACUCUCCACAAGGAACCAUCAAACACAAACCCAACGGGCGCUCGGUCGCCACAGCACAGGGACAGACCCGCUCCCCCGCCAACGCCCCCCUGCCCAUGCCUUCAGCCCGGACGCUGCCACCUCACCCUCUGCCUCACCCGCUCCAACACACCCACUCACACCCCCUCCCUCAUCCUCCACCCAUCCCGCACCUCCCCACUGUCCUCCACCACCACCCCCAAUACAGCCAGCCUCACAUCCUGCACAUGCACCACGUGCACGGCGGCGGUGUCAGUCCAUACCUGCAGCACGCCCACCACUUCGCCCAGCACCACUACCAUCACCUGCACCACCAACACCACCACCACGCCUACCCAGAACCCCCGUCCUCCCCGCUUCCCUCUCCGGUACCUCCCCUCACGCCCUCGCCUCUCUCCUCCUCGUCCUCGUCGGCACUGCAGAACAUGGAGGCACAGCAGCAGCACCACGCCCACCACGCCCACCUCCACCACCACCACCUCCUCUGCUCAGACGGAGACAAUGAGAGCGUCAACUCCACCACCACCAACUCCAACGACGACACCACCGUCAACAACUGCAGCUCGGGCUCCUCGUCACGGGACAGCCUGAGAGAGCCCAUAGGAGGAGGGGCCACGAUGGGGAAACAGACCUAUCAGAGGGAGAGCCACCACAGCUGGGACUCCCCCGCCUUCAACAACGACGUAGUGCAGCGACGGCAGUACCGCAUCGGACUCAACCUCUUCAACAAAAAGCCUGAGAAGGGGAUCCAGUACUUGAUCGAGCGGGGCUUUGUGUCCGACACACCUGUGGGCAUCGCCAGGUUCAUCCUGGAGAGGAAAGGGCUGAGCCGACAGAUGAUCGGAGAGUUUCUUGGCAGCCGGCAGCAGUUCAACAAGGAUGUCCUCGACUGUGUCCUGGAUGAGAUGGACUUCUCAGGGAUGGAUCUGGACGACGCCCUGAGGAAGUUUCAGGCUCAGAUUAAAGUUCAGGGCGAAGCUCAGCGGGUGGAACGGCUGGUGGAGGCCUUCAGUCAGCGGUACUGUGUGUGUAACCCGGUGCUGAUUCGGCAGUUCCAGAAUCCAGACACCAUCUUCAUCCUGGCCUUCGCCAUCAUCCUCCUCAACACAGACAUGUACAGCCCCAAUGUCAAGGCCGAGAGGAAGAUGAAGCUGGAGGACUUCAUCAAGAACCUUCGAGGUGUUGAUAACGGUCAGGACAUCCCCCGAGACCUGCUGGUGGCAAUCUACGGGAGGAUCCAGAAAUGGGAGCUGAGGACAAAUGACGACCACGUGUCUCAGGUCCAGGCGGUGGAGAGGAUGGUGGUGGGAAAGAAGCCGGUAAGAUCCACCAACAUCUCCAUUACUCUUAGCGUCUAGGUCUGUGUGUUGUCUCUGCCUCACCGCAGGUUAGUGUGUUGCUGUCAGCUGUUCGAGGUUCCUGAUCCGAACCGAGCUCAGCGGAGUGGCGUCCAUCAGAGAGAAGUCUUCCUGUUCAACGACCUGCUCAUGGUGACAAAGAUCUUCCAGAAGAAGAAGACGUCGGUGACGUACAGUUUUCGUCAGUCAUUCCCGCUCUUGGACAUGCAGGUUCACACCUUCCAGAACACCUAUUACCCUCACGGUAUCAGACUGACAUCGGCGAAUCCCGGAGGAGAGAGGAAGGUUCUGAUUGUGUUCACGGCUCCAAGCCAGCAGGACCGAGCUCGCUUCACCUCCGACCUCCGAGAGAGCAUCGCCGAGGUCCAGGACAUGGAGAAAUACCGGGUGGAGUCUGAACUUGAGAAGCAGAAAGGGGUGAUGCGUCCUGGGCCCAACACAGGCGGCCCCAUGAAAGGCGAGGUAGUGAACGGCACUCUGGGUAGACCGAGCCUAGAUGACACGUACGCCUCGGUGGACGGACUCAAACGUACAGCGCUCAGCUCGUCCCUGCGAGACCUCUCAGAAACGGGAAAGCGAGGUCGUAGGAACAGUGUGGGCUCAUUGGACAGUACCAUUGAAGGUUCCAUUAUUAGCAGCCCGCGGCCUCACCAGCAGCGCCCCCUGCCUCCUGGAGGUCUGCCCUACAGCCCUAUGAUGGUCCCUUCCUCUCCAGCAGCCUACCGGCCACACCGCCCUACUCAGAGCCCCGGUACAGGGGUGGGGGGUGGGCCGGGGCUCUGUCACAACCAGGGGGGGGUCGCGCCCUCCCCACUCGUGAGCGGGGGAGGGGUUGGGGGAGGCGGCGGGAUGGCACCUGGGGGAGGACCGACUGGCAUCAGCCGUCAGGGGAACUUCUUCGGCAGUCGGAGAGGGAAGGUUCCUGGUCCGCUGACGAUGACGUCCCCGACUCCCCAGGGUCCUCCGAGUCCCCUGAUGAUAUCAUCACCCCCCCACUACCCCGCCCCCGCGCCCCCCAUCGCCCACCCAUCCUCCCCUUCCCCAUGCCCCUCCCCAUCGCCCAACCUCGCUCAGUCGGACUCGGGAGGAAUUGGAGGGGGAGGAGGUACGGGAGGGGGGCCGUCCAAGCUCCAAGCAUUGCACGCCCAGUACUGCCACGGCAACAGUGGAGGAGGAGGAGUCAAUGUUACUGGGCACCAGCAGCAGCAGACCCCACCCCCGCCUUACCACCACCAUCACCGUUACCACAUGCAGAGCGUGCCCCAGCACCACGCCCUUUCGCACAGGUUCUCGGCCCCACUCCGACGGCAGGGCCCGCCCGGCUGCGCUCCCUCUCAUACCCAGCAGCAGCAGAGGAUACAACAUGGCGGCGCCCAUCACCCACGCUACAACAUGGCGUCAGGCUUCAUCACGCCACCGCCGUUGUCCCCGCACUCCCCGCUCACUCCUACUACCCCACACGGACUCUACCACUCCCACCCUGCGGCAGCACGGCCGGGCGGUGGCGGCAAGCUCCCACUGACCAUCUCGCACUCCCAGCCCCACCCCCACGCUCACACUCACUCUCACAACCACGCCGUGCACACACACUCCCCGCUCAGCCCCUCCCCCUCAGCCUCCGCCGCCACCCACUUCAUCUUCUCCACCCCUCCGCCUCAGACGCCAUCGGCGCGCCUGGUCACCCAGACACCACCGCAGCCCUACAGUCCCCAGUACCCUCCCCUCUCCUCCAUCCCUCCUCCCCCUCCACACUCACCUUUACCACCCCCGUCGGCCGGCCCGCUCUCCCUGCACCCCGCAGGAGGAGGUCAAGGGGGCGGUCCCAAAUCGAAGCCAGUCAGCCGGAUCAGCACGGUGGUGUGA